AUGGCGGCGGCGGAUGUCCCCAAAUGGGGCUUUGGGCAAGAGCCCAUGCAAAUUAAACCCGUUGCUGCCGACUUCAUUCCGCACUUCGCGACCACAGGCGACACCCGUGUCGACGCAAGCAAGACCUUCCUCAAGUUUGGCGCCUUUGCGUUCAAGAAGCCACUUACCCGACCGCCCGCGUGGGAACGGGUUCCUACACAAUCGCUUGCUGCUCCCAGCUCGAACCGACAGAUCAUGCGCCGAGUCACAGUCUCCAACAGCCUCCAGCUCGACACACCCUUCGUCAUCUUCCCAAAUGUCUCCGCCAUUCCUGUCCCUACUCGCGAGGAGCUCGGUUUCGACCUGACUCUUCCCCGCAAAGUCCAACGCCUAGAAUCCUUUGAGCCUUGCCUUAGAGAAGCAGUGUUUGAGGAUCUGUUGAUGUUCUCGCAUGCUCAGCACAUGCACAAUCUUAUGAGAGCCAAGGUUGGUGUUGCGAACGGCCUUCUCGAAACUUACUCUGGUCACACACGCGAAGACCUCGAGGCUAUCGGCCAAGGAAUCCGACAAAUCGUUCCGCUCAAGCGAGUUGCUAGCCUCAUCAGCACCGAGGUUGUCGAUAUUGACGGCUCCCCCAUUCCCCUGGUGCCCGCCAGAGGAAACCGACUUCUAACGUACGACGAUGUUCUUCGCAAGAUCCAGGCUGCCAACGAGUCAGGAAAACAGUCCGUCAAUCUCAGGGACGCGUCAAUCUCAGAGGUCACUACCGCACUGCAAAACAGUCGUCGGGAUCCUCGAAAGCGCCUCGCUGCUCUCGGCGAGCCCGAACUCUCCACUAUCUUGGACGAGGAGGAACCAGAGAGUCCCACCGUUGUUCAGGAGCUUGUUGAGGAGUCUGUUAUCUUCCCUGGAUCUCCUUCUCCCUCAAAGCGACUUAGUCGUCUCAUCACUAGCGACACCAUCAAGAAGAGUGUCCGUCGACUUUCGAAGCUUGCCCAACGCAUCCAUGGUUCUCCUUCCAAGUCCUCUCCAUCAAAAUCGUCCCCGUCAAAAUCUUCUCCUGCCAAGUCGAAGCGUGCUUCCUCACCUCUCGCCCAGCGUUCUAGCCCUGUCUAUGGAUCUGUUGCCAAGGACAAUAUGUCCACUGAGUCCGUCGCUGACUCUCCCACUCGCCCUGGCCGAACUUUCCGAGUGCCAUCUGAGUGCGACUCAUCUUCUUUCGAAGAUACCGGUCUCCCAGAGACCCCUCACAAGUCGUCGUCGCCUGUCAUGAACUACUCGCGACCCAUCGCUCCCACUCCCUCUCAGUGGCACCGGGCUGAGCCCUCAACUCCCGCCACUCCUGCUGCCCAGAGUGCUCCCGUCAUUCCUGCCACCCCUCAGCAGACCGACAGUCCUAUCGGUCUCGCUGCUCUUCUUCCUGCCAUCCUUCCUCCCUCUACUCCCAAGCCACACGGUUGCACACUUGAAGUCCUUGAGCCUAGUGAGACUUUCGACUUCGGGAAAACAACUUCUUUCGGUGGCUCUAGCUCGUGGAUGUUUUCUUCUCCUCAGCCCACUGAGCCCAUUCGUAUCAAGGCCGGUAACCAGGCGCGCCGUCGUCGUAGCGAACCUCUGCUCCGCAAGUUCCUCGACACCCGAGCUCGUCGUCUCUCGUCCUCUCCCCAGAAGGUCCAAUUCCAACAGGAAGCGAUCUUCAAUGAUGAUAUUUCCAUUGCCUCGCUCUUCGACAUCACUUAUGAGUCGCCUGCGAAGGCCGCUGCCAUCGAUGCAGCCGAUGAGACUUCUAUUCUCGAUUCCAUUACUUCUCCCUCCAACGAGCCUGCAGCUGAAAGCGCGGCCGAGCACACUCUGCCUCUUGACACAAUUAUGGAGGAGAGUGUUGCUACCCAGGCUGAACCCAUUGUGGCAGCCGACGAGACUUCUGUUCUCGAUUCUACUACUUCUUCAUCCAACGAGCCUGCAGCUGAAAGCGCGGCCGAGCAUACCCUUCCUCUUGGCACUAUUACGGAGGAGAGUGUUGCUACCGAGGCUGGUCCCAUCGAGGCAGCCAAACCUACCGAAGGCGAGUCCAACUUGGGCCAUGCCAGCGUUCUCACUGAGAACCUUUGGUUGCGAGACCUGGAUUCUUCAACCAUCGUACCUCCCACCAACCGUCAGGACGAGCAACAUAGUUCCAUCCAGCCACGCACUACUGAUGCCGACUCACCUGUCACCAAAGUUCCUGUUUCUUCUGAAGGUGUUGUAAACAUCGAUGUCCGGGAGAAUCCCGACAUUUUCGGGACCCAAAUCUCAUCACCACCUGCCCCUGCCCCCAUCCAGAAUCUCUCUCGCAUGGCCGACGACGCCUGCGAUGGCCACGCUAAGGUCGUGGUCACUGAGGAAAAUGGUAGACUCUUUGUCCGAUUUAAGGUGUCGGCCAGAUAUGCCCACAUGUUCCCUGCAAGCCAAGGGUUCAACGAUUCUCUCUCAUUCUCUCCAUCGGUCGACAUUUCUACACCAAGACCCCGACCCGUCAACCCCACUGCGCAGACUCCUGAUCUCAAUAGCUUUGGUGACGUUGCCAGCCCAUCUCCCAGCGUAAUGCAGACCCCCGAACCUCAAUCUACCGAGUCACUCCUCAAGACACCUGAUAUCAACGGUGUCGGUGUUAUCGACCGCUCCUCCCCCGGUGAAUUUGAUACACCUGAACUUCCUCAACACGAUAACACUCUUGUCUUCGGCGAGCCCACAUCAAUCGACCGACCUUCUUCUAUUCGACGCGCUACUCGCCGCCAGAGUGAAAUGACCCCAUUGAAGCGUGCUACAAGAAACGCAAUGGGCAUCUCCCAGGGGCCUGACACACCCAAAUUCGCCACGCCGGUUGUCGAUACUGGCGACGAGACACUGGUCAUGGAAGAAACACCCACUAAGCGGGACGAUGAAACACCUGCUCAGCAGGUCGAGACUCCAGCAGCUCCCCCUAUCCAGGAGGUAGAAGCCGCUCCUGCUGCCAAUAAUGGUGGCCAAGACCUGGACAGCCCAGGUCGGGAUUACUUGCGCGCAUUCAUCAACCAGAAUCGCCGAACUACCGCUACCGCUACUGCUGGAACCACCACCACCAACGAAUCCUUAACUGCCGCGGCCACAAACACCACCACCCUCACGCCCGCCGCAGAAAUCAUUCCUGCCGUCACCACGACCGAAGCAGGAUCCCCAAUCGCGCCAGCAGCCAAGCGCCAGCCUCUCGGAGCCCGAAGCCCUAACAGGGGUAGCCCCGUGAAGGCUAAACGCAAGGCUGAUUGUGAUAACGACGAGGAAUCUCCCGCGAAGAAGUCCAAGAUUGACAACGCGGCGUGUGAGGCAAGGUCGAUCCGUCAGGUCACUCGAAAGACCAAGGCUAAGCGCCAGAAGGCAGAGUUGGCCAUCGACAUGACGGAUCUUCCCUCUGCCUCCUCCUCCACUACCAACCCCACCACCACCUCCUCCGAUGCUCCCAAUGGCAAGCAGGUUGACGAGCUUGCCAGCAGCACAUCAGCCACCCGCCGAUCGUCUCGUCUCCGAAGUCAGGAGACCCCGAGCAGCGCUCCCAAGUCGUCGCUGCCUACUCCCAUCAAGCUCGGCCGAGCCGGUGCUGGCCGCAGCCUCCCAAAGAAGGCUCGCAGCGAGGAGGACGAGUUGGCUCGCAAGACGAGGGCCAACACCAAGCGGAACAUGGGUAAGGCCGAGUUCCCUGCCGAAGUCCUCGUUAGAAUUGCGGACGAGGCAGAGAAGAACUCUGACCAUGGUGAGGAGUCGGAGAGACCAACUAGUGGCCGACGUGUGGGGUGGAACCAGCCCCUGGAGAAGGUGCAGGGAGAAGAGCCCAAGAAGGGGCGGGCCAAGGGCAAGGCCACACAAGGACAGACGGGCAUCUCGAAGCCCAAGGCGAAGCGGGCCACCAAGGUGGCAGCGGAUCUGGGCAUGGUGGCCAACGGCACACCCGCCAAACCCCAGCGUGUGACGCGUUCCAGCGCACGCUCUGGGGUUUGA